UUGAUUCAUAUACAUUAUCGCCUCUCGCAUCUUCCCGAAUUCCUUCUUCCCCAGAAAUAAAUAGGGCCAAAGAUUUCACCUCUGGCGUUGUGGUUGCCGCGAAUCUCCGCUCUCUCUCUCUCGCUACUGCGCGUUUCUCUCCAAAAGAUCUGACGCGAAUCGACAGAUAUUGUCAUGAAAAUGGACUUCUUUGAUCGGUUUAAGAUCUGGGUUUUGGCCAUUUCCCUUUUCUUGAACUGUGGAUAUGGAUUUUACCUUCCUGGGAGUUACCCACAUAAGUAUGCUGUGGGCGAUCCUUUGUCGGUGAAGGUGAAUUCACUCACUUCCAUCGACACUGAGAUCCCCUUCAGCUACUAUAGCUUGCCCUUUUGUCAGCCUCUGGAGGGUGUGAAGGAUAGCGCCGAGAACCUCGGCGAGCUCCUCAUGGGGGACCGCAUCGAGAACUCGCCGUAUCAGUUUAAGAUGUACACCAACGAGUCCGAGAUCUUCUUGUGCCGCACCGAUCCGCUCACGGCGGAUAAUUUCAAGCUCUUGAAGGAGAGGAUUGACGAAAUGUAUCAGGUCAAUCUGAUCCUCGAUAAUUUGCCUGCGAUAAGGUACACUAAGAAGGAUGAGUAUUUUCUCCGGUGGACUGGGUACCCGGUGGGAAUCAAGGUUCAGGACAUGUACUAUGUGUUUAACCAUUUGAGAUUCACUGUUCUGGUUCAUAAGUAUGAGGAGACCAAUGUCGCACGUGUUAUGGGGACGGGGGAUGCGGCCGAGAUGAUUCCAACUGUUGGAAACGGUGGAUCAGAUGUGCCGGGCUAUAUGGUUGUGGGUUUUGAGGUUGUGCCAUGCAGUAUCAUGCAUAACGCUGAUUCAGUGAAGAACUUGAAGAUGUACGAGAAGUAUCCUUCUCAGAUUAAAUGUGAUCCAACCACUGUGGCAAUGCCCAUUAAGGAAGGGCAGCCCGUUGUGUUCACUUAUGAGGUUGCCUUUGAGGAGAGCAAUAUCAAGUGGCCAUCUCGUUGGGAUGCUUAUUUGAAGAUGGAAGGAUCCAAAGUCCACUGGUUCUCCAUCCUCAAUUCUCUUAUGGUGAUCACCUUCCUUGCCGGUAUUGUCCUCGUCAUCUUUUUGAGGACUGUCCGUCGUGACUUGACGCGAUAUGAGGAACUCGACAAGGAGGCACAGGCUCAGAUGAAUGAGGAAUUAUCUGGGUGGAAGCUUGUGGUUGGGGAUGUGUUCCGCUCUCCAUCAAACCCUGCGCUUUUAUGCAUAAUGGUCGGAGACGGUGUCCAGAUUCUUGGGAUGGCAGUGGUGACCAUAUUGUUUGCUGCACUCGGGUUCAUGUCCCCUGCUUCACGUGGCACGCUUAUCACAGGUAUGCUGUUCUUCUACAUGAUUCUCGGUGUAGUUGCUGGUUAUGUUGCUGUCCGACUUUGGAGGACCAUCAGCUCUGGUGAUCACAAGGGAUGGGUGUCGGUCGCAUGGAAAGCCGCGUGCUUCUUCCCCGGUAUCGCCUUUUUGAUCCUAACAAUUCUGAAUUUUCUCUUAUGGGGUAGUCACAGCACCGGAGCUAUUCCGUUUUCUCUUUUCGUUAUCCUGCUGUUGCUGUGGUUCUGCAUAUCGGUUCCGCUUACUCUUUUUGGUGGAUUCCUUGGAGCGAAAGCUCCUCAGAUCGAAUAUCCUGUGAGGACCAAUCAGAUUCCUAGGGAAAUCCCGCCUCAGAAAUACCCAUCUUGGUUGUUAGUCCUUGGUGCUGGCACUCUACCAUUUGGCACCCUUUUCAUCGAGCUAUUCUUCAUUAUGUCUAGUUUGUGGAUGGGCCGUGUCUACUAUGUUUUCGGUUUCCUCUUCAUCGUUUUGAUCCUUUUAGUCGUGGUUUGUGCCGAAGUGUCUCUAGUUUUGACGUAUAUGCAUCUUUGUGUGGAGGACUGGAGAUGGUGGUGGAAAUCCUUCUUUGCCUCUGGUUCCGUUGCGAUAUACAUCUUUUUGUACUCCGUAAACUAUCUCGUGUUCGACCUUAAGAGCUUGAGCGGACCCGUCUCUGCUACUCUUUACCUGGGGUAUUCCCUCUUCAUGGUCACGGCAAUCAUGCUCGCGACUGGCACGGUUGGGUUCCUCUCCUCAUUCUGGUUUGUGCAUUACCUAUUCUCCUCAGUGAAGCUCGACUAAACUGAUAAAACGGGUUUGAGAGGCAGCAGCGGCAGGCGGGUAUGUGGUUAGAGAGAAGGAAGACCCUACAAACUGUUCUAUCGUGUAUUACUUGCUUUUCCUUGAGUUUUUACUUUUGCUAGAGAUAUAGUCAAUGUAAUCUGAAUAAUUCAUUUGGUCUUUCUAAUACAUUUUUUUUUUUUAUUCGCGGA